GUCAAAAGUCAAUCGUUCAGUUGCCUCUCGGAGUGUGUUUUGUCAGUUUUGUGCUAGGAUAAAACAAUCCGUUAUUAACCAAUUUAGUCAAAGAAAACAAUUACUUUACGCUAUAAUCAUAGUGAAAAUAACAACUAAAUGUUUUAAUGUUCAUGAAAGUUCUAAAGUUUUCUACUUCUCUGUAUACAAUUUAGAAAGAUUACGAUCGUCCGUCGUUUGGUAACAUGAAGCGUUAUACAUAAUGAAGAAUUAUUCAAAUGGUCACGUAACGAUACAUGAUUAUUUUAUGAUGUACUUUGCGAAAUGGAAGCGAGUCGCCGUCGUAUUGCUCGCCGUUUGGAUUGUCGUCACCUAUUUAGUCAUAUCGCCUUUAAGAUGCAGCGGCAAUUCAGAUGAGAUCCCCGACGUCCAGGAGAGGUUGAAGCGGAUGUCUUCGGAGCUGGAAGUCCUGUGGCAGAGAAACAGUAAGCUCAUAGCGCAGAUAAAGAAGUCUUCAGGGCCCAAUGGCAAUCUUAAAGAUUUGGAUCCGGCGUUUUGGAACCUUGAAGCGGGACUUGGUCCGUCAGAGGAAUACGAGAAUCUCAGGAGGAGGAUCCACUCGAAUACAAAGGAGUUCUGGUACUACGCGAACCAUGAGCUCGGGAAGUUGAUGCACGAGAGUGACAAGGAAGCGAAAAUACGAGCGAUUUUGGAACAACUGUCUGAUAGGAAAAGCACAUUACUGUCUGAUCAAGAAAAACUAUCGGAAAUGGAUGGUUACCACGAGUGGAGGCAACUAGAGGCGGCCAACGUCAGCGACCUUGUCCAGAGGAGGUUGCACUAUUUACAGAACCCGCCGGAUUGUAGGGAGGCAAGGAAACUUAUAUGCAACUUGAAUAAGGGCUGCGGCUUCGGCUGUCAACUCCACCACAUAGUGUACUGCCUUAUAUUCGCUUACGCCACCGAGAGGACUCUAAUCCUGAACUCGAAGGGGUGGCGGUACAACACUAAAGGAUGGGAGUACGUCUUCCAUCCGAUAUCGGAGAGCUGUUUGUCUUCGUACGACGAUAAAGUCGUGCAGUGGCCAGUUUCAUACGACGCGAAAGUGGUUUCGCUACCGUUUAUAGAUUCCAUAUCGCAGAAGCCCAAGUUCUUGCCGCUGGCUGUGCCUAAAGACUUGGCUCAUAGGAUAGUCCGCUUCAACGGCGAUCCGUCGUCGUGGUGGGUCGGGCAAAUGCUGAAGUUCGUCCUGAAGCCGCGCCUGCCGAUGCAGAAGGCGAUCAACGACACAAUAGCCAAAAUGAAUUUCAAAUCUCCCAUAGUCGGGGUUCACAUACGCCGCACCGAUAAAGUUGGAACCGAAGCCGCCUUCCACCACAUACACGAGUACAUGGCGCACGUGAAGGACUAUUACGACCAGCUAGAGCUGACCCGGCCCGUCGACGUCCGGAGAGUGUAUCUAGCCACAGACGACGCUAAUGUGCUAGACGACGCCCGACAAAAGUAUCCGGAGUACACGUUCUUAGGGGAUCCGUCGAUAGCGAAGACGGCGGCCACUCACCGUAGAUACACGCCGCUCUCGCUUACUGGCCUACUGGUGGAUCUACACAUGCUGGCCAUGUGCGAUUACUUAGUGUGUACAUUUAGCAGUCAAGUGGGUCGAGUGGCGUACGAAAUGAUGCAGUCGAACAGAGUGGACGCGUCAAACAGCUUCUUCUCGUUAGAUGACAUUUACUACUUCGGUGGACAAAACGCGCACGACAGGGUGGCCAUCAUGCAGAACCACGGCGGGAAAAACGAGGAUAUAUCUUUUGAGGUGGGCGAUAAAAUAGGAGUGGCCGGCAACCAUUGGAACGGAUACGGACGCGGAACUAACAAGAGAACGAAUAUGAACGGUCUGAUCCCUUGGUACAAGACUGCCGAUCAUCUGGUGUUGUACCCGUUUCCGGAAUACAAACAGGUGCCUAUUUAUUCAGAAACGAGCCAAAAGAACGUUUAAUACCAAACGAAUUAGGUUCAAAUUACUGUAGUUUUUUUUUUGGUGUUAGUUUAAAUCGUUCUGUGACCUAUCGAUACGUUGACCGUUAUAUUAUGAAUCAUGUUGUUGUUAUACUUGUGAUGUUGAUUGUGAAUUGUUAACGUUUGUUUCUCUUGUUACUUGUGAUUGUAAACAAAGUGUACCUUAUCAUUAUUUUUUUGUCUUGUGUAAUUCGUAUGAGCAAACAAAAAAAAAUGUUAAUCGUUUCUCCCCACGACAGACGUUUUAAAAUAAGUAUAUCCUAUUAAUAUUUUUUGUCUUGUGAAAUUCGUAUGAGUUCAAACAAAAUUAUUUUAAUCGUUUCUCCCCACGACUGACGUUUUAAAAUAAUAGCAGCAAGGAAAAACUGGUAACACGAAGACGUAAAUUGCAUAGUAAAUUUCCCUUUGCCUAAAGGAGGUAAAAAAAUAUCGUAGUUCGACAGUGGCGCCUCACGCGCCGGCUGCGGGAAACAUUAAUUAUACUGACCUAAAAUUAGGUUCAUUUCUUGAUAGCGCAAUGUUAGAACCCGAAAAAAAGAUAGUUGAUUUCUUCGGUAAUGAUUUCCCCGUGAUUAUUUAUAUUUCUUUUGUUUCGUUAACAUUCUAAGUAAGUCACUAAACGCGAUUAUUUAUUUAUUUAUUUAUUAUUAUUUUAUCCAUGAAUAUGUGAUUGAUACAAAUUUGAGUUCACUAUUACUCUAUCGAGAACCUUAAAAAGCUCGCACUAAGCACACUGGUCAAACAUAAAAGCCACAAUAAAAUAAUGUUUUAUUAAAUUAUGUAGAUAGAUAUAUACAUAUUUAAUUUAAUAUUGUUAUAAAGCCCAGUGAUGAUGUUCUUAUAAUAUUUAUUAUUAUAAAUUAAUUUGUUUAGUUUAAUUUGCAUGUAGAAUUUACUAAAUAUCGUUAUCUUGAGAUAGACAACGUGAUUUUCAUGUGUUUGAAAAUUCUAGUGUUUUAGAAAAAAAGUUUGAUACAUUUUUAUAGCGAUACUCAAACGAUUUUGUCAGUAGCACAAAAUACCUUAAGUUUUGUAAUGCAUAGGUAUGUGUUGUACGUCUAGAUUCAUAUUUUGAGUUUUUAGGGACUUCUUCAUUUACCCUUAUCCCACUAUGCGGGGUGGGCUCAGAAUAUCCCCUUUUUCCAUUCAGAUCUAUCAUACGUCACGUCUGCAAUCACACCCUUCUCUCGCGUAUUAUCUUUCACGCAGCCCUUCCAAGUAUUUUUAGCUUGCUGUACUGACGUUACUGUCCAACAAAUAAUUGGUUAACCAAUAAGCUUAGUGAAGUAUAGAUAAAACAAUAAAUUAACUUAACCCAAAAAAUUAUAUGGCACUAACAUUAAACUCCUAUAAAAUAGACGCACACUUCACUGAUUGAGUAAAAUAUAUAACAUCACAUAAUUAACCAAACAUUUAAAUCGGCCGAUAAAUUACUGAGAUUCAUUUUUAUAGUUGUUGGCCAUGAUUCCAAACCCUAUACCAUUAUAUACAGGGUGUCCCAGAAAGAAUGGAUAAUUCUGAAACACACUCAUAGUAGAGCUAUUGGGGACACAAAAAAAAAUUAAAAAAAUCUCAGGUAAUACCUAUCCAAAUUACGUACCGUACCGUAUUUAUAAAAAAAAUGGCUAUUUUGCAAAGCGACAAUUACAAUUGACAUUGACAUAUUCUCAGUGAGUGACAGCUGUCAUUUGAUAUUGACAUUACUAGGAUGCGUUUAGGAAACAAUUCUAACAGUCUAUGAGUUCAGCUACGGCCGUCUGGUGUAGUGGUAAGUGACAUGGUCACUACACAAGGGGGUCGCGGGUUCGAAUCCCGCCAAGGGAAGAUAUUUGUAUGAUAAAUAUAAAUGUCUUUUCCAGGGUUAUGGAUGUAUAGUAAAUAUAUGUAUGUGUAUAAUAAAAAUCUUACAUUUAUUUCCGUUAUCUGGUACCUGUAACACAAGUUCUUUACGAACUUAUCACGGGACCAGUUAACGUGGCGUGAUUGUUAGUAAAUAUAUAUUAAAUAUUAAAAAAAUAUUAUUAAGCUACCGGAAGUUGGUGGGUGAGCUUAGUUCGCACUUAAAGAUUAAAGCUUUUUCCUGCCGUUUUUAUGGCCAAUACCACUGUGGUUUUUUUGCCCAAUAAUAUAAUCUCUAGUAUUAUUAGUCGUGUAUCGAAGCAUGAAUCACAGUGGAUGUUUUCAUUCAUAGAUAUUUCGCUUGACGUUUGACGCUUGACUUGACCCACCUAUGACGUUGCCCGUUGUAUUUAUAAGCACUUUUACGUACAUACAGUAAAAAAAGCUUACAGAGUUGUAACAGUUUUAUUAUUUCUUUUUUUUAUAUUAUUAUUUAUCUUUUAAUUGUGGUGCAUGCUAAUUUUGAAUAAGAUGAAAAGAUAAGAUUUGAAAGAAGAAAAGAUUUGAAAAGAUAGCCACGCAAUUUUUUUUAUUGCUUAGAUGUGUGGACGAGCUCACAGCCCACCUGGUGUUAAGUGGUUACUGAAGCCCAUAGACAUCUACAGCGUAAAUGCGCCACAAACCUUGAGAUAUAGUUCUAAGGUCUCAGUAUAGUCACUACGGCUGCCCCACCCUUCAAACCGAAACGCAUUACUGCUUCACGGCAGAAAUAGGCGGGGCGGUGGUACCUACCCGUGCGGACUCACAAGACGUCCUACCACCAGUAGGACCUCUUGUGAAAUGAAAUGUGUAUAAUGAAAAGCGUUAAAAUCUUAAGUCGCUUUUGUCUAAAUUAAUUACAUUCCAACAUUUCCAUUUAGAUGAUUAAUUUUCUUCAUUUAUUGUACGGUAUAUGAACUUCGAAACCUUUCUACGUUAAUUUGAUUAAAUUAAAAAGGUAGAAAGCAAAAUGUACUGACAUAAAAAAUUCAUGUAUGUAUGUAUAUUAUAUUAUAAUAUUCAAUGCUUUUUAACCGACUUCAAAAAACGAGGAGGUUCUCAAUUCGACUAUGUUUUUUUUAUGUUUGUUACCUCAUCACUUUUGACUGGGUGAAUCGAUUUUGAUGAUUCUUUGUUGACGCUUCCCUUGUGGUCCCAUUUUAAUUUAGUCCAGUUCUAAUAAUGGUAAUUAUUUUUUUCUAUUUCAAGUCGGUUUUUGUUAAAGCAUGUUUAUUUACAAUUAUCAUAACACAAAAUUUACAUUAUACACUCUUAUUAAAUAAAAGUAAGUUGCAAAGUCGCGUUUCGACUGCAUUACAUACAUAUACAUCAACUUUGGAAUUAUGAGAGGUGAACCGUAUGCUUAUGUGUCGAUAAAGGCAAUUAAACAGAAAAAUAUAUCUAUACAAAUAAAUAAAAUUGAAGUGUCUGUUUGUAAUAAUAAAAUUACCACUUUUUACUAAAUGCGUAAGUAUGUAAACCACAGUACAUAUACCAAUAUCUGUCUGUUCGUCUGUCUGUUUGUUCCGGCUAAUAUCUGGAACGGCUGGACCGAUUUUGAUGAGACUUUCACUGAUAGGUAGCUGAUGAUAUAAGGAGUAACUUAGAUUAGCUUCGCCCCGCGGCGUCACCCGCGGCGGUACGACAAUAACCGCGGGUAACUUCGCGGGACUCAGCUAUCAAUAAUAAAAUUUAAUGUUUCCGAAGCGAAGCGAGGGCGGGUCGCUAGUAUAAUAAUAUAUAUAUAACGAGAAAACGCACGCCGAAUCGAUCUACAUGUUCUAAAUAAAAUAAUCCUAAAAUUACUACAUUAAAUUACCAAUGACCGUAUACAAGUUUUGUUGCAAUCGAAUAAAUGGUUUAAGAAUACACAGAGCAUGUACAAAGAAAUAGAGUAUAAUAAACAAAGAAAUGUAAAUAAAGCAUAGAUACAAAGAAACAUGAAUAGAGCAUUACAAAUAAACAUAGAGUAUAUACAGAGAAAUAUGUGAUUGUUUAGUAAAGAUAAUCAAAGCGACAUUUGACCAAUCAGUGACCACUCUCCACUUUUUUAACUCGAUUUUUUUUCAAUUGGAAUUACGAAUGAAAUUGACUGCGGCGGGUACCAUUUGAUUUUUAGUAGUUAUGAAAUAGAAGUGUGUGUGUGUGUUAUCAACAAAAGUGUUAAUUGAUGAGAUUUUUUUUUUAAAUAUUUAUUAUAAAUUUGAUCUGAUGUAAAGUGUAUUUAAUUCCGUUCAUAACAAGGAUCUGAUUAAGAAAAUAAUUAUAUUGUGUCAAAAACAUUGUCUAAGUAUUGUAAAAUUGAAGCAAGUUAUUAAUUUAUAAUGAUUUUUGCUUUAUUUUUUAAUUAAACUUAAAUUUUGAUUAAAAUUAAAUGAAGAUCGUUUAUGAUAAUUUAAAUAGAAAGGUGAAAUAAACAAUUGUUUAUUUAUUUGACGGACUGUGGAAUCGAGAAAAAACCUAAGAAAUUAUUCUAAUAAACAUCUUUGAAUUUGCUCAUUAAAAAAAAUUAAGUAUCACUGCCUACGUUUAUUUUGAUCUACUCUUAAAUUGUUCUAAUUGUAAUUAUAAAUUUUGCUUUAAAUAUGCGCGCAUACAUUUAUUUAUUUUAAUAUAAUCUUUCCAAUUAUUAUUUUUAAUGUCUUCAAUAGAUUAAUUUAAGAUGUAAUCUUAUGACGUUAAGAUACGUAAUAUAUUUAAAAAAAAAAAAGAAGUGAAUCGCGUAGAUUAUCGCCGGAAGCAGUUAUUAAGUUCUUAAAUAUAUUUGAAAGUAGAUUAAGUCGGAAAGUUCUCGAAGCAGUCAUUUGACGUUUUGUUUUGUUUAAUUGUUUUCUCCAUCGACAUCGGUCUCGUGGCGCUAACCGCUCAAAUACUAGAAAUUACAUAUCGACGCCUGUAAGGCAAACGAGACUAAGCGACAAUGCGUGAACUUUACAGUGGAUUAAUUUAUAGUUGAAAUACCUGAAAACAAAAUUUAUUUUAACGAAUCUAGCUGUAACUAUACUGUGACCUUAGAACUUAUAUCUUAAGGUGGGUGGCGCAUUUACGUUGUAGAUGUCUAUGGGCUCCAGUAACCACUUAACACCAGGUGGGCUGUGAGACGGUCCACCCAUCUAAGCAAUAAAAAAAAAUAGUAGAAUCUAGCCAGUAGCUGUAGGAUUGAAACGAUUUUAAUAGACCUAGAAAUAUAUUUUUUUUGCGCAUCGAAUAUGGUUAUUGCCUAUCAUUUAUGUACAAAGCAGUUAUUGUCGCUUAGUCACGUUUGCCUUUCAAGCGUCGAUAUACCUACGUAUUAGUCAUCAUAAAUCGCGCAAUUUAAAAUAAUUUUGUAUGUUAUUUAAUAAGCAGGUUUAUUUAAUAUACACCAUUAUCGUGUCUUAAUGUCUAAUAAUAUAUUAUUGUGUUUGAAAAAUGUAACAAAUUGUUUUUUUUUAAGAGCAAUAAUUGAUGUAAUUAAAAUUUAUGAAUAUACGUUAUUUUAUACGUAUUAUAUACUAUAUAAUAUGUAUUAUAACGUUAUAAAGUUUAUUGUAAAUGAUCGCACCCCUGGGUGUUUAGAAGAAAUCGUUUUUUUUGUUUGUUUGUUAAAAUCUCCCAUUGCUUCGUGAUAAUUGCGAUCACUUACUGGUGGUAGGACCUCUUGUGAGUCCGCACGGGUAGGUACCACCACCCUGCCUAUUUCUGCCGUGAAGCAGUAAUGCGUUUCGGUUUGAAGGGUGGGGCAGCCGUUGUGACUAUACUGAGACCUUAGAACUAUAUCUCAAGAUGUGUGGCGCAUUUACGUUGUAGAUGUCUAUGGGCUCCAGUAACCACUUAACACCCAGUGGGCCGUGAGCCUUUUCACUCGUCUAUUUGCUAAACAUAAUGCGGGAUAGUAUUCGAGAACUUUGCUAUUGAAGAAUGUUGAUGUUAUUAGUUCAUUUUACGUCACAAUCUACAAACUCACUUUAAAUGUGUAUAUAUAUAUUAUUAUUUUAUAUAUAUAAAAAUUAAUUGCUGUUCGUUAGUCUCGCUAAAACUUGAGAGCGGCUGGACCGAUUUGGCUAAUUUUGGUCUUAAAUAAUUAUUUGUGGAAGUCCAGAGAAGGUUUCCUCCUCCUUGCCUCGUAUUCCUCAUUGCUGAGGGUCGUGACCACCCUUUUGUAUCACCUUCGCUCGCACGAUUUUUCUCCAUCCGUUCUUGUCUCUGGCGGUUUAAAAGGAAGGAAGGAAGAGAAGGUUUAAAAGGUAGAUAAAUAUGAAAAUGCUCGGAAUUAAGUAAAAUUAACAAUUUUGUUUUUCCUUUGGUGUGUCCCCCCGUCAGACGGAUUCCUUUCCUUUAUCAAUGUAAACUAGAGAUGACGUCACGUUUUUCUUUUUCUUUACUGUAUUUGUUUUUUAAGUUCAAAAUAGUUGUAAGAAUUUUGUUAUCACAACCAGUGGUUCUCAAAUAGAACACAAGGAGCGAGUUGAAAAAACUUGUAAGUCAUUCCCGUUGUUAUUAUAGUUUAAUAUAACACGUAAACCGUUUACAUAGUUAAACAAAGCGUAACCACUUCUAAUCAGGAAUAAAUAAAUGCCUUAAUAAUAAUAAUAAGAUAUAAUAAUGCUAAUAAUAAUAAUUAUAAAUGUUUAAAUCUAUAUAACACUGUGAUAGUUUAUGAUAUGUAUUUGUGUACUGGACAAUUGAAUGUAAUAUGCCUAAUAAAACUGAAUUAAAUGUUUUUUUUUCCUAAAAUUCGUCGUCUGGGUGCACUUUAAAUUUUUUACCUAAUCGAUAGGGUAUUGUAAGUACUGUAUGAAGGGAAAUUUUACAUUAUUGUGUAUUAAAUACAGACCGUAAUGCCGUGAAUACUUUAUAGAAUUUCAUAUUUAAAUUCUCAUUAAAAAUUCGGUAAUUUUGUUUGAUUGUAACUUGAUAUAAGGAAAUAAACAAACCCCUCACGGAAGGAAACUUCCAGUAAUCUAUAAUGUUUUAGUUUAUUUAUUUCGUCAAUAAAUAGUAUUGAAAUACAUUCAAAUUCUCUGUUGACGAUUGCAAUUUCAAUUAGACUGGAAACUAGGUUUUAGGUAAUCAAGAUCUGUCAUUUUUAACUCACAACAUGGUCGUUAAGUUCAUAGUUAUCAUCUACACGUUGAGUGGGAAUCGCUCUCGAUAACAAGUAUGUGUAUAGAGACGGUAGUGCAUUUUUUUUUCUAUAUAACAAACACAGACGCAAUGAACACGUUUUACGGGUUCAAAUUUUGCAUGUUAUACAUUGCGGAUUAAAAAAAAAAAAGAACUUAUUAGUGCAUACCCGAGCAUUUGCGUUCUGUAUAUCUUAAGGUGGUAGAGAUGUUAAUACCGUAACGGAUUCAGGAGCUGUUCCCUUGAGUCACGUGUAGCUCUAUAUAUAGGUUAGGCCAGGGGUCGGCGACCUGGGGCUCGCGAGACACAUGCGGCUCUUUGGAUAUGAAUUGCGGCUCGUUAGUUCCAUACGCAAAAAAUAUUUAUGUUAUAAAAAAAAACAUUUAAAAAUUGUUCUGAAUCGACGAGCGAGGUUUGGGCACCAUUUCUAUCUCUCAGCCUGUUGUAAGUAAAUGUUUAAUUGUUUUAUAUUUUUUACUUAAACAAUAAGUGAUUAUGUAAUUUUUUGUAAAAAAAACACUACUUAUAUAAGAAUAAAUAGAUAUUUUUCAUAUGAAUAGUUAAAUUGAAUUUUUGGCUCUUGCGACUCAAAACGUUGCCGACCUCUGUGUUAGGCCAUAGUUUCGCAUUUCUUUGUUAAGACGUUUAUAAAUAUAUAUUAAUUGAUUUAUUGAAAAUAUAUGUAUAUAUAAAAAAAAAAUAUAGUAACUCAGUAAUAGAAUUUAUAGUUUUUUUACUAAAAUAAUUGAAGUUAGCCAUAAACAUGCGAAAUAACAUGUUAUUUUGCGUUAUUUCAUUCCACAAUGCUGUAAAAUGUCUCUUAAUUUAAUUUGAGUUAACACAAAAGUUGACAGCCACUGCCAAUAUCAUUAUGACAUCACUGAAUUCAAUAGGGUUUCGGCACAUGUGGUAAAAUCGAUAUGAUUAUGUUAAAAAAAUUACAAUUUUGUUCUUUGAGAUUUAUUUAUGAAUCGAAAUCAUUUCCAUUCGUAUGUAAAUCGAAAAGCAAAAAGACAUUGAAAUCUGUUCAUACCAAAAAAUUAUGAUUUUUUUUUAAAUAAGUUUUGGAUAAAAAAAUAUCUAAAAAAAAAAGAAACAUUUUGUUGAUCUUAAAACAAAUUGUAAUGUAAUUGUGUAAUCUCAUGGCUGAGCUUCUAAGCGACGAAACAAUGAUUAUGGACCUAAUAUGAUAAAUGUAUAUAGCUUAAUGUAUAUAGAAGAGGUGUAAUAUAAUAAAUAAAAUAACAAUAAUAAUAAAAUAUGUACGUUAAGA